AUGAGUGUCGAUCCGAGGAAACUGAAAGUCUGCGAGUUGAAAGAGGAGCUGCAGCGUCGAGGCUUGGACUCCCGUGGUUUGAAAACGGAUCUGCUAGACAGACUGCAGGCAGCGCUGCAGGCCAGGACUGCCGCGGAGACAGCAGGUUUCGCGUCCUCUUCAAGAGAAGGGGACUCCACUGACACGGUUAAGAAUGAAGACGAUGAAAUGGCACGUUUCGAAGAAGGGAGUGCUCGGGUGCGAGACGGGAGUUCUCCGAGGGGAGUUGAGAGAGGGGCAGAGAUGGAGAUGGAUUUGGGCUUGAAUGCUCCUCAUCUCUCCACAGAGUCCAUAAUGAAUGUAACAGACCAACUGGUUAAACCUGAGACAGAGAUCUGCAUAGAUGAGUGUAGGGUGAUGAGGGUGAGUGUGAAGAAGGAGGAUGAGCUGGAGGAGCAACAGACUGAAACAGCCAGUGAUGGGACAGAGAUUCAGCCUGUGCGAACCACACAGACAGAGAUUAAAUCAGAGGAGGACAGUUAUGCGUCCUACAGCUGCAAGAGGUCGUAUGACGAAGGCCCUGUGUGUGGUCUCAGUGACCACCACAAGGCCAAGAGGUCCUGCACACCACAGGCCCCAGGUGAGGGUGAAAAGGAAGGUUCUGAUGAUUCCUUGGCAACCAUUGACACUUAUAAUUGUGAUUUGCAUUUCAAAGUGUGGCAUGAUCGGUACAGUGGCCGUCCUUUCACCAUAGACGGCUUUGCCCACCUGUGGACUGGAGCCCGUACCUCCGACGGUGUGUCUAAAGGCCGGAUCUGCUUUGAGAUAAAGAUUGUUGAGGAGAUCUCAGAGAAACGUCUUGCCAGCUGUGAAACUGAGCUCCAUGUGGUAAGAGUGGGGUGGUCCCUGGAUUCCUGCAGCAUGCAGCUGGGAGAGGAGGCUUUCUCCUAUGCGUACACUGGAACAGGAAAAAAAUGUUCAGACUGCAGAUUUGAAAAUUACGGAGAGACAUUUGGUGAAAACGAUGUCAUUGGCUGUUAUAUUGACUUUGAUAAGGAUGAGGAGGUGGAACUGGCGUUCUCUAAGAAUGGGAAGUGGCUGGGUGUGGCAUUCAGCGUGUCCAGGGAGGAGCUGGCCGGUCGAGCCCUUUUCCCUCACGUUCUGGUCAAGAAGAGCAUUGUAGAGUGCAACUUUGGCCAGAAGGUGGCGCCCUUUUAUGCUCUGCCAGAAGGCUACUCUUUCAUCCAGAAUACAAUUGGCUUGACCCCCACUGGUAAGAUGAACUGGGCCAACUGUGUCGCUAUGGACAAACUAAAGCAUUCUCAUCCUGGUGUAGUGGAGCAGAACUCCAGCACAGCAGUGAAAGAAGAGCCCUCUGACAGGUCAGAAACAUCACCCUCACAGUGGGAGGUGGAGAACAGCUUCUUGAAGACCCAACUGAAACACCAGCAGACUCAGAUAGAUGAGCUGAAAGCGCAGCUGGAGGAGAAGGAGGCGGAGUGCAGCUGGAUGAGGGAGGAGCUGUUUCGCUUGUGGGAGACGGUGCAUUCUGGGAACAGCGAGGACGCCACCUCACCCAGCCACACCAGCAGCCCAGUCCCCAUUACUUCAAAGUACUGUGACAAACCCACCCCGUCCUCCUCAAGACAGACCAAGGAACAUCAGCCUCCAAGACUUCCUGUGCAUUUGGGCUUCCCAGAUUCCCUGCGAAUGGAACGCUGUUGGAGUAGCGAGGUGUCGAUCCUCCCCGAUGUGACUUUGAGGGAGAUAUCCGCUGUAAAUGACAAAAUUCUGCUGCGGAUGAGCAAACACAGGCCGGAUCGUUACGGAGCUCUGGUGUUCAGGAGCAUCAUCUCCCCCAAACUGUACGAGGAGUGGGUCACGCACACCAACUGGGAUGGUUCACGUGGUAAGUGGGGUGUGCCCCGUAAUGUCAGAGACUUUGUGACUCGCAGAGUGAGAGACAGAUUUCCAAACAUGUCCAAUGCUGACAAAAAAGCAGUGAAAGAGCGUGUGAACGAGUGUCUGCGAGCACGCCGAAAGUCCAUUGAGCCAAUUCCAUAUUCAAAUAAAUGA